CCCGUGCUCACACUGCGACAGAGUUCACUUCAGUCAGUUGCUGUCUGACCGUCGACCGCGACAACUCGCGUCGCUCCGCGUUAUUCUUCCACUGCUCCCUCGUGAACGAUCUUAUCGCGACAGCCGGCCUAUCAAUUUAUCCUUUAAUCUUAUCUGCAAUCGAUCCAUUCCUUUUCUUUUCUUUUCUUUCUUAUAGAAUUCCCGGCAAAUCGAACGCUUGUACUUUUUUAAAUAACAUUUUUGGAGGGAACCGAUUCAAUUGUUCGAAGGUGGCGAUUUUGGACACAUGGGUCGUGAGGCACGAGGGAUGAAUGAUGCAUCAGCGUGAUGCAUUUUCGAGAUAACACGCUCCUAGCCGCAGUGCGUGGAUGGUGGUUGCUGGAAUAGUUGGAUCUCUUCGAUUCCCCUGGCACACAGCCGUGAAGCAUUCACCACCUUCGUCUUUCGACAACGAUAAUCGAGGACCAUGAAGAGAUCUUUGAGUCUUUACUCGAAGAUCCUCGGCUGGACCGUCUGUCUUAUUGUCGUUCUUCUCUUUUUCUUACCAUCGAGGACGGCCGCGUUGGAGGAGAACUGCACGGAUUUCCAAGGUGCCAUUGUUCGUCACGGCCUGCUUUAUGUGCCAGGACCUGCGGUCUGCAGUCUCUGCGUGUGUUACCAUUCCGAACCAAUGUGGUGUCAAGCGAUUUUCUGUACGCCACCCUACAAAUGCAAGAAGUUUCGAGUGGGUGAACGUUGCUGCGAGUUUGAGUGUCUCGACGACACGGACGCCAACUGGACCGGGCCAGAUUUGAUUAUCGCCGCAGGAUCAUCCAGGAUCAAGGAGCAAGGGACCGUAUGGCUGUUCGGUUUGAUCGCUCUUCUAAAGGUGCUCUAGUUUCUUACAAGAAAGAGGAUCGUCGACGAGGAUCGAAAAACGGCUCAUCAGGGAUAGGGGUAAAGGUACGACGUGUCAGAGUUUACCUCUCACAAUCAGAGGAACCUAGUGACGCGGUUCUAGGAUUAAUUUCGUUUCAUGGAAUCGUUCUAAACUAUUUUAUUACUUUCCAAAGUAAUUGAUUAAUACUUUUGUAACCGUGCUUGAACGCCGUGAUCGAUGAUAUGGAAAUUCGUUUUAUUCACUGAUCGAAUGAAGGAGAAUGAAGAACCUUGAAUGUUAGCUAUGUGGAAUUGAAAAAAUUCAAUUGAAGGAUUACACGAAGCUUGUUAACCCAUUUUUAUAUCAGCUUCGCGUAUACAAUCGCGUAUGCCUUCUGUCCUUUAUAUGAAACCAUGACUUUUUUUUUUCUUUUACGUACUUUACGAUAUCAAAAAUUGCUUUCAUUAAAAGAAACUGAACCACGCUGGAAUUAUUGCACAUUUAUAAAACGAAAUAAUAAAAGAAUCUUCAUCGAUAAAUAACGAGUAAGGUAGGAUUUAGAAAAGACAGAAAUAUUUUCUUUUUUUUUUCUAGUACCAUUUCCUAUUUAUGGCGAUCAUGAAAAAAGGACUAAAAGAUAAAUGUACGAAAUACCUCGAUUAACAAUCUGUUUACAAUAAAAUUCUAUUUUGCAAAAACGAAGCUCAUCAGGCUGUACACUUUAUUUACGAGAAUUCUGAGCACAAAUUAAAGAGAGAAUCCACGGGUUUGCUGUUCGAGGAUUAAUACAUACAUAUACGGUAUAUCCAUUAACACGUUGGCUAGCUGAGAUAAAUGCACCAUAAAUGCAUCGCGUUAAUCCUCGCUUUACCUACUACGAGCGAAUGAAACGUUUUAAUCUCGAACGCGUCGCGGUACAAUCUCGCUUGACACUGACAUUUUAACGUUCGUUGUAUUUCAAUUUUAUAAUUUACCUAUGUAUACCUACAUAUAACACGAUACGUAUCGUUUCUCUUUUAUUUAAGAAAUUGAUUAUUACCGCGUCGCUUUCUUAGGAAUUUUCCGAAGAAUCUGAGAGAAUCGAGUUCGUUUAAGAAAUCCUUCGGAGCUUAAAGACCGUCCCUGACUUUCGUAGUGCUUUUAUUCUCUCGUUCCGUCGAAAUUGCGAAACUUCUCGAGUUUCUCGCGCCUCUCGAGGCGUGCGAAUUAUUCGAAAGAAAAAAGAAAGAAAUAAAAUGCUGCGAAACUAGAAUCACUUAAUUAAUUUCGAUCAAUCCAUCCAUUCGUUCGACGGCCUACGCGUUUCCUAUGACCAAACAUAUCACUUCCGGUCGGGAAAACGCGAUGGAACGAAAACGAACAAUUAAUCGAAACGGUAACAAUAAAUCUGUUGGAACCAAGAGAAUUUUAUUCAAUGAAAACACGGAUAAUUUUAAGAGUAAAUGAAAUUUUAACCAACUACGCGUGAAAGUUUAAUGGAAAAAUUGGAAAUACAAGCAUUGCUCAUUUAUUAUUUUCAAUGAGAAAAAUUUUCACGCUACCGUACAAUUAAUUCUCUUUUAAACGCGUAAAUCAUUAAAAAGAUAACAAACUUUUCCUUUUCAUCAAUUGAAACGCGUAAGUACAUAUGUAUAUGGCUAUUACGAAUUCUAAAAGGAAUUUUAAACACUGUUUCGGCAGCAUAAACAAGUUCAAAAUAAGCGAAUGUAACAGACAUCUACCGCAAAUUGUCAGUUUAACGAUUUAAUAUUUCAAUUGUAAAUGUAAAACAUUCGUCGAGUUAUCGAUACCUGUGCUGGCACGGUGAACCACACGAUAAAACGAACAAUACUGUAUUUUCUACGUGUAUGUAUGUAUGUAUGUAUGUAUGUAUGUAUGUAUGUAUGUAUGUACAUACAAAGGUGUAUAUUAUCGCAUGUAUAUACUUUGUCGGAUACGGAGAAACGUAGAAGAGAGAAAGAGUUCUUCGCGAUCGAAGAGGAAUAUUUAAUUAUAGAUAUUAAGAAGAAAAUCAGAACAGUAGAUUUUACCAUUUUACCCUCCAUAUUUAUGUAAUGUAUGUAAAGUAUCCGAUCGAUAGACGUGAUAUCGAGCAGCAUCUUUUAUCAAGUAAAGAUAUAUCGAUUGAGUAUAGACACGUGCUCAAUUAAAUUUAUCGUAGUAAUAUCUCCAUCGAAUAUACAUGUAGAGUUUUAACUAACGAGAGAGGGUUGCAGCGGACUCAAUUUUAAAUUUUAAAUAUAUUAUAAAUUGUACCUCGAAUACCGAAUACACACUAAUUAAUCUUUCCUUUAUUUCAUUUUAUAAUUUAAUAUUAAAUCGCAAUCGACGUGUCAAUUUCAUAGAGCUUCUUUAAAAAACAAUUGCAAGAAAAAACAAAGCAAUCAUGAUCAAUGAUAAGUCAUGUAAUUUGCUAAUUAGUAUCGCAUCGUGACUGAACUAUUAAUAAAAUCUGGCGAUUUUAACGGUAGACUUAGAAAUUUUAAUUAAAAGUAUCUUCUUCUCUCUUCAGGGAACAAUUCAGUACGGUUAAAAAUAUAUGGCAGAAAUAAUUCGAGCAAAGAACGCGUAACACAAUUUACAUUUUUCUCUUCUUCACGGUCCGAGUAUUUCUCAAUUUUUUUUUCACUUUUUUCACUUUUUUCACUUUUUUCCCUCCUUCAUAAAGAUUUCGCUGCUUUUACGCUCGUCGAGUACUCUUCUAUUCGGUGCAUAGUAAUUUCGUAGGCGGCGGCUGGUGUCAAGUUCAAUGUUUUCGCACUUAUGGUUGUAGGUCGUGGAUUUUUUAUUUUCUAUUAACCCUCUGUGCUCCCGGUUCUAUUCUCAUUGUCAGCCACCCGCGCAUUCUAUUUAAUCGUAACAUAGUUCCUUUUCUUCCUUCAAAUAUGUAUGUAUUUCAUAAAUUCUACUUGAAAACGGUAAUCAGAUUAUUAAUCUAGAUUACCGGGAGCUUUGAAUCAUUUCUAUGGGGUUGUACCAAUUCAGUCAUGUUCUACGAGCUAGAAUAAUACCAGUAUUCUACCAUUAAUAAUUCAAUGGAUUCUCAAUUCAUCCAAUUAGCAGAAAUUUCCUUUAGACGACUUAAAUUUACACCUUACUCGGUAUAAGGGUUAACAUUUAUCAAAAUUGGUGCUACGAAAAAGGGAAGAGGUAUUAUUUUUACCCAAAAAGGUUCUACAGGCGAACGAUUGACGUAAAUUGCUGUACUGUUAAAUUUAUCGAAAAUAAAUCCGCUUCUUGUUAUUUUUUAUCUUAUACUGAUUUUUAUAUACAUGUAUAUACAGAUUCGAGGAACAGACACUAUAAUCUUGAUCGUAAAAAAAAAAAAAAUAAAAAUAAUAUCAACGUUUCCACGAUUUUCUUACUCAUUGAUCCUGUUCUAUUGAAAACUUCACGUAUAUUCGAAUUUUGUCUAGCUUCGAUAAGGUUUUAACGAUACAACUUCAAUCGAAUUUUAAUAUAUUAAUUAUAUGUAUGUAUAAUGAACAUCAUCGAAACUUUUUAAUUGGUAGCGUUAUUAAGCGAAAGUUUCGAAACGGUUUCAAACGACGAGCACUUAGGCUAAUUCAUUCGGUUUUUUCUUUUUUCUUUUUUCUUUUAUUCUACCCUUCCUGAUCAACAUUUCUUCAUUAAAUCGUCGACGUCUUGAAGGGAUUUUCAAUUUCAAAAUUGUUAAACCCCACAGAGACACGUUUCGCAUUUAUUAGGAUAUUUUUGAUAAAGGAUUGUCGAUGGCCCGAGGCAAAUUUCAAUUGUAAAUAAAACCGUUGCAGUUUUCAUGUAAAAGCAUCGAGGAAGAGGCAGGAUAUGCAUGAGGUUUCAAGGAAGAAAAACAAUUUCGUGCCAGCGACACGGUCACAGUGUUCAGUUUUCAUCAUUUGUAAAGCUGAAAUAUCGUUGCAUCUCGAUAUUUCAGCUAACUUUUCAUCAACGAUGUAAAUCAGAAUUGUUUAAAUCGAGAUUGUUAUUUAUUCCACUGCAAGAAUGUUAAAGAAUAACUACAUCUUCAUUUUUCAAACACCUUUCGUUCCUUUCAUUUACUUAUUUCAACCUUUUUGGCAGAAUUGAGACAAAGGCAGAAAAAAGUGUACUUUAUCAAAGUUUAGUAGACAGGUUUGACGUCGAGUUGGCGAACCGGUCGUCUCUGACCCAAUUCGUUAAAACAAACACCAAGAGAGAAUUCUCUGAUACUUCUCGAGGGAGAGUAGAUAAAGCUUUCCGGUUGGUGAACAAUCGAAACACUAUUCUUCAUUAAGUUUUUAGCGCGUUUGCAUACUUGCUGUUUGACCUCACAUUCAAGACACCGUCUAUAUCAAUCGACCAAUUUCUCUUAAGCUUCUACCAUGAGCUAAGGUUUACGUGUAUAAAAAUUGGAUUAUUAUGAAUCUGUCUGAAUGUAAAUAUAUUUAGACGAUAGAUUUAAUAUUACUUACUAUGAUACGUAAACUACCUUUGAUUAUGUGAUUACGUCGUUUGAUCAUUGAGGGGCCUUUUAUGUAUGAGUAAUUCUUCUAUGAUAACCCAAUAUGAAUUGUAAUAAUUUAUCUGAUCGAUAUUAAAAAUAUUCAAGACCA